AUGAGGCUGGAGCGGGCGGAGUGGGGCACUGACCUGCCCAGUGUGGAAUCCCAGCUGGAGACCCAGAGGCACAUCCAUGCCAGCGUGGAGGACCUGGGAUCCAGCGUGAAGGAGGCCAGGAUGUAUGAGGGCAAAAUGUCUCCGAAUUUCCGCGCCAGUUACACAGAGACACUGGGCAAGCUGGAGACUCAGUACUGCAAACUGAUGGAAACCUCGAGCUUCAGGCUGAGGCACCUGCAGAGCCUGCACGGAUUCGUGUCCAGGGCCACUGCUGAGCUGAUCUGGCUGAAUGAGAAGGAGGAGGAGGAACUGGCCUACGACUGGAGUGACAACAACCCCAACAUUGCAGCCAAGAAGAAUUACUUCUCGGAGCUGACAGCAGAGCUGGAAGAGAAGCAGGACAUCUUCCGUUCCCUCCAGGACACGGCUGAGCUGCUCUCCCUGGAGAACCACCCUGCCAAGCAAACCGUGGAGGUGAGCAGGAGCUGUGGGGCUCCCAAGGGUCAAAUCACCUCAGAUGGGAUUAAAAGACUCACUGCCUCGCCCCACAGUGCCUGA